UUCCCACCGCCCAGCCCUGCGAGUUAGAGCGAGAUAGCUACAGUCUGCGCGUACGCUUCAAAAGGACACCCCGGGAUAUAGGGAUCAUUUUUCAAUUUAUUCCACGUUGAUCGUAAUUUCUCGGCAUAACGUGUCGGGACUCCAUCCGGGGCAGUCCUCGCCGGGAGUUUCAAACUAUAGUGUUCGAAUUUUGAAAAGUUAAUUUUUUUGUUAAUUUUGUGGUGUGCCAGUGUUGUGAUAAAAUGCCGUGCAGUGAAGAUGACGACUCCCAAACCGGAUUCAUGUCUGAAUCUGGACAAGGAUUAUCCAAGGCGGAGUUGCGAAAGACGAACAAACCGAUAAUGGAGAAGAAGCGGCGCGCGCGCAUCAACAACUGCCUCAACGAGCUCAAGGACCUGCUGCUCGACGCCAUGGACAAGGACCCAGCUCGGCACUCCAAGCUAGAGAAGGCUGACAUCCUCGAGCUCACCGUCAAGCAUCUGCAGACCCUACAGCGUCAGCAGCUCGCAGCCGCCAUCGCCUCAGACCCCACCGUCCUCCAUCGCUUCAAGUCUGGCUUCGGAGACUGCGCGGUGGAAGUCAAGAAGUAUCUCAGCAGACUGGCCAGCGUACCAACCGGCCUUCGACACAGACUAGGCAACCAUCUGACGUCAUGCAUCAACGGAAUUGAACACCUCAACCCGCCGCAUGAUUACCCGCAAAUGGUACCAGAUCCUUUGAGGUUAGAAGAUGAGAGACCUAGUGCGUUUAGAUUUGUCAAGAACCUCAAGACGCAAAGUCCACCCCUCAGUCCGCUGUCCUGUGGGUCCACCUGUGACUCGUCCACCGAGAUGGAGACGCCUCCGAGACCCGUGCAGACGUUCCCCUUCCCCACUCCCCCUAGCAGAUCAGCCUCAGACCAAGAGUCCAGCCCAGAAACGCAGAAACCUACCGUCUCCUCAACGACCAUAUCACCAGAAACGCUAAGACAGGAAGCGGCGAAGAAAAAGUAUAUGGAACCGCUGUCGAUAGUGAUAGACGUGGAGAACUACAAGAUUGGCAUAGAUGCGUCCCCGAAAAGGGCCGUCGAUUACUCCAUACGGCAGAAGCUGAAAAGAUCUGUGGUUGAGAACUCUGGACCGGCUCAGAAACUUUUAAGAAUAGACCCGUUACCGGAACGGAUAUCCGUACCGAAAUCUAUAGCCCAGAUCAUUCCAGAACGGUUAACCAGGUCCCCGGAAAAGACUUCCGCCUUCGAAAUCAGAUUACCGGAACGGUCCGGAUUACUCUACUAUCCGGAACGGAGGUUAACCAUGCCCGAAAGCAUACCCUCUGUUAGUGAAAAGCCGGUUCUUCUGGCUAACCCUAGAGAUUAUUCCGUUCCAAGGACGGUUAUUAGUCAUACGGCGGCGUCAUUGGCUCAAUCAAGUGUGACUAAUGAGGAGGCGAAGGUCAAGGAGAGGGAGGCCGACACUAGUUCAAGGUCACCGGAGCAAGGCCCCAGCUCUGACGUCUGGCGACCUUGGUGAUACAUUGUAUUGUAUAAACUGUUUUUAAUGUUAA